AGGCUUUUAUGCAGGUGGUGUCUGCUUCCCUGGCAUUACUGUUGACGUCCCCUCUUCACCAACUUUGAGAUUUUUGAUUUUGUGAUCACUAGAUGUAUGGUUGUGAGUAAUAUUUGAAGCUUAUGGGUGAUAAUUACGAUCAGCCUCUCUCUUUUGGAGUUCCCUCUCAACCUAUUCAGAAGUCUGGUAGCUCUGAUCAUCAUGCUCCCUAUUCUGAGAAUAUUAUCUUUCCUGUUCCCCCUUCUAAUGCUGCGGUCACUCCAUCCAAAAGCUUCUAUUCUCAUAUUAGUCCGUCACCUCCAGCUAAUCAUGUUUUACAUGCUCCUCAUUCAUCGAAUCAAAUCCCAAAUACAUUUCAGAAUGGUGAUGUUGUUCAACCUAGCAUGCCAACAUGUCAAACUUUCAGAGAGGAGGCUCCUGGUUCAGUGAUCUCAGCAGGGGUUAUUCAUGGUAUAACGAAGCCCCACAUGGAAUCUAAUGGUUCUCAUCUGCGAUCUGGAAGUGCCAAUGAUAUUGAUACUGCCACUCAAAAUGCUGUGCUGCAUGAACAAGAAAUUGCCACGCAAAAAAUUAUACAGAGUCAAAGGGAAGCAAGAGGUCCAAGCUUACCUCCUGAGGAUAAUGCAGACAUUUUCUCUGGACGUCAUGACCCGAAUGCUUUAAAAGAGCAUUUGCUGAAGAUGACCACAGAGCAUCGUACCCAAAUGGCCUCGAAACAUGGGAAGUCUACCUUUCCCGAGGAAGUUGACGNUCUCUCUUUUGGAGUUCCCUCUCAACCUAUUCAGAAGUCUGGUAGCUCUGAUCAUCAUGCUCCCUAUUCUGAGAAUAUUAUCUUUCCUGUUCCCCCUUCUAAUGCUGCGGUCACUCCAUCCAAAAGCUUCUAUUCUCAUAUUAGUCCGUCACCUCCAGCUAAUCAUGUUUUACAUGCUCCUCAUUCAUCGAAUCAAAUCCCAAAUACAUUUCAGAAUGGUGAUGUUGUUCAACCUAGCAUGCCAACAUGUCAAACUUUCAGAGAGGAGGCUCCUGGUUCAGUGAUCUCAGCAGGGGUUAUUCAUGGUAUAACGAAGCCCCACAUGGAAUCUAAUGGUUCUCAUCUGCGAUCUGGAAGUGCCAAUGAUAUUGAUACUGCCACUCAAAAUGCUGUGCUGCAUGAACAAGAAAUUGCCACGCAAAAAAUUAUACAGAGUCAAAGGGAAGCAAGAGGUCCAAGCUUACCUCCUGAGGAUAAUGCAGACAUUUUCUCUGGACGUCAUGACCCGAAUGCUUUAAAAGAGCAUUUGCUGAAGAUGACCACAGAGCAUCGUACCCAAAUGGCCUCGAAACAUGGGAAGUCUACCUUUCCCGAGGAAGGUCAUGUGGAAAUUGGAAAUGGGUAUGGUGUACCUGGUGGAGGUGCCUAUUAUGGUGCUUCAAGGCAAAAUAUUGCUACCCCUAGCGAAACAAAUACUGAGCUUGGUGGGGAGUCUGAACAGAAACCUGUGGCUAAAGAGUUGCCUAAAUACUUAAUGCAGAAGUUGAGAGCAAGGGGAAUACUGAAGGAUGAAUCAACCAAAGAAGAUCCUACUACCUCUGACAAUUGGACAGAUACUCGAUUUUCAGAAACCAUUGCUCUUGGAAAAUUGCCUUCAGGAUGGAUUGAGGCAAGGGACCCUGCAAGUGGUGCUCUGUACUAUUAUAACGAAAAAUCUGGGAAAAGUCAGUGGGAAAGACCUUUUGAGGCUGCUUCUAAUUUGUUAGCCCCAUCACUUAUAUCUUUUUCAGAAGAAUGGCAAGAGGCAACGGAUGAAACAACUGGACAAAAGUAUUACUACAACACAAAGACACAAGUAUCACAGUGGGAGCACCCUAAUUCAUCACUGCAGAUUGCCUCUCACCACUCUGACAGCGUAGUUUCUAGGAAUGCCACUCAGGGAAAUGGGGGUGUUCAGUCAUCUGUUCUAUUGAAAUGCAUGAGAUGUGGUGGUUGGGGAGUAGGCCUUGUGCAGUCGUGGGGUUACUGCAAUCAUUGCACACGAAUUCUCAACCUUCCUCAAGCCCAAUACUUUUCAGCCAGUGUGGGAAACCAGCAGCAGAUCACCAAUGAUGCAAGUACUAGAGAAGAUUCAGACAAAAAGUUUUCCAAGCACAGGUCCAAUUCUAAACCCCCAAUUGGAAAAGGCAAAAGAGACAGCAGGAAACGUGGCUACACUGAAGAUGAUGAGAUGGAUCCCAUGGACCCAAGCUCCUAUUCAGAUGCUCCCCGUGGUGGCUGGGUUGUAGGCCUGAAAGGAGUACAGCCACGAGCGGCUGAUACCACUGCCACGGGUCCACUUUUUCAGCAGCGCCCUUACCCAUCACCUGGAGCAGUCUUACGAAAAAAUGCUGAAAUUGCUUCACAAAAGAAGAAAUCUAACUCUCAUUAUGCUCCUAUAUCAAAGAGAGGGGAUGGAAGUGAUGGACUUGGUGAUGCUGACUGA